AAUGUUUAGAAUUGGACGAAUAUUCCCCAUAUCAGUUCCACCUGCUCAUCCAAAUCCAUUGACAAGAGUAUUUUUUGAUGUUGAUGUGGGUGGUAAUCCAUUAGGUAGAAUAGUAUUCUAAGUAUUUAUUAUUAUCAAUAUAUUAGCUCUUUGAUAAUAUUACUCCUAAAACAGCAACAAAUUUUUUAAGAAUUGCUCAAGGAGUUUAAAUAGAUGGAAAGAAGCUUCAUUAUGAGGGUUCAUAAAUCCAUAAAAUUCUACCAUUUAGAGGAAUUUGGGGUGGUGCAUUAGGUGGAUCUAUCUAUGGAAGAACAUUCCCUGAUGAAAAUUAUAGAAUCAAACAUGAUAGAGCAGGAUUACUUACAACAUCAAAUCCUAAAAUCAAUAGCAAUGAUGCUGGUUUCAUAAUUACUUUGGGUCCUGCUGAAUGGUUAGAUAAAAAGUCAAUUGCUUUUGGAGAAGUUAUUUAUGGUCUUUAACAUGUGAGAGCCAUUGAAAAAUUAGGUAAUUAAAGUAAUUAUAUUUUUAGGUGGAUUAUCUGGGGCUCCAAAAAAAUCUGUUGUUAUUAAACACAGUGGUGUUAUUACUGAGCAUGAAUAUCAUAAAUAUGAUGUAAUAGAGGAACCAAAUAUUUGGAAUGUGUAAAGUCAUCAUUGAU